AUGGCAGCCGAGACCCGCCAGCUGGCCGCAUGGGCGUCGCGCCUAUCGUAUGCCGACCUGCCCCGCACGACAGUCGAGGCAACGAAGCGGCUGUUCGCCGACUGGGUGUUCUGCGCGCACGCUGGCGCGAGCUACCGCGUCAUUUCCGCCAUGGAGGCGAUGGCGUCCGACGUUGGCGGCGACGCGCGCGGGCCAGCAUCGACUUUCUCUGGACCCCCUCGCGCGCCGUACUGGGCCGCAUACCUCAACGCUGGCGCCGGGCACGUCGUCGAGCAGGACGACCUGCACAACGCGUCCGUCGUGCACCCCGCGACCGUUGUGUUCCCCGCCGCCUGGGCCGUCGCGCAGGCUAAAGGCAAAUCCGCGCGCGAGUUCAUCGCGGCGAGCGUGGUCGGGUACGAGGUCGCGUGCCGCGCCGGCAUCCUGCUCGGGCGGGAACACUACCGCGUCUGGCAUGUCACGAGCACGGCGGGCACGCUCGGCGCCGCGGCCGCCGCUGGCCGCUUGCUCGGCCUCGACACGGACGGGAUUCUGAACGCCCUCGGCUCGGCGGGCACGCAGACUGCUGGCCUGUGGGAGUUUCUCGCCACCGCCGCCGAUAGCAAGCAGGUGCACUGCGCGCAUGCUGCCGGGACCGGCGUGCAGAGCGCGUUCUUGGCGCUCCACGGCGUGACUGGCAGCCACAACAUCCUGCUCGGCAAGCAGGGCAUGUUUGCCGGCAUGGUGCCCGGCGUCGACUUGGCCUCGGCGGACGCGACCCGCCUGCUCCCCGUGCCCGGAAAGUUCCAGAUCGACGACUCGAGCUUCAAGUUCCACGCGUCGUGCCGGCACACGCACCCGAGCGCGGACGGCCUUUUGGCCAUCAUGACGAAGAACAACUUGACCGCCGACGACAUCGCCAGCGUAGACUGCCACGUGCACCAGGAGGCACUGAACGUCUUGGGCCCAGCAGAGGCCGCGACCUCGGUGCACCAGAGCAAGUUCUCCAUGGGGUUCGUGCUCGGCGUGCUUGCCAACGGGCGGAGUGCGCAGCUGGCCGACUUUACGGACGCGCGGUUGAGCGACCCCGCGGUGCGCGCCUUCCAGAAGAAGGUCCACAUGCACCUCGACAAGGGCGUCGACGCGGCGUUCCCCGCCAAGUGGACCGCGCGCGUCGUCGUCACCACCACCGAUGGGCGGGUGCUGGAGGAAGACGUCCAGACGCCCAAGGGCGACCCGGGCAACUCGCUCUCCGACGCCGAGUUCCUCGGCAAGUGGCAGCGCCUGAUCGACUACGCCGACCGUAAUGCCAGCGUGGACGUCAAGGCGCUCGCUAAGGAGCUGCUUGCGCUCGAGGAGAGGGAGGACAUGAACGGGCUGUUGUAG